AAGCCACCGGCCCAAUGUUAGGGUUUAGUAAUUGUAGCAUCUCUCUCUCUAGGGUUUGCGCCGUCAGGGAAAAAUCAUGCCUCGCCGAAGCUCAGGAAGAUCAGCACCGCGUGCAGCUCCUCGCCCUGCACCAGUAAGCCAUGCUCCUCCUCCAGCUCCUGUUAAGCCUGGCAGUGGUGGUGGAUCCAUGCUUGGAAAUCUUGGUGCAACAGUAGCUCAAGGCAUGGCCUUUGGUACCGGCAGUGCUGUGGCACACAGGGCUGUGGAUGCUGUGCUGGGACCUCGCACGAUUCAGCAUGAAACUGUUGUUUCUGAAGCAGCAGCUGCUCCAGCACCUGCAACAAGCACUAUGGGUUCUGAUGCUUGCAGCGUGCACUCCAAGGCAUUCCAAGAUUGCCUGAACAGCUAUGGGAAUGACAUCAGCAAGUGUCAGUUCUAUAUGGAUAUGUUGGCAGAGUGCAAGAGGAACUCUGGUUCUAUGAUGAGCGUCUAAGAACAACUGCCAAUCCUUUUUAUCUGAUUAAUGGUGGAAUUAUUGUUUUAUCAUUUUGGUGGAUUUCCUGGGAAUUAUCAUUGUUGACGCUUGUUGGAAAUGGUACUUAUUAGUGCUUUACCUAAAAAAUAAUGGCAAUAAUGAGACAACUCUUAUUCUGUGGUAA